UCCACUACCUGUCACUAAACUCCCCCAUGCAAAUAUCUCUCUGAGCUCCACGAUGAUUCCACCAAUGCCAACACUCUGCUCCCCGCCAUAGCCCAACUUCUCCCGACCGCCUUACCCCCUUUCCAGCACAACCCAAUUCCAAUCCACCAUUCUUCACACGCACGCACAGAUAUGGCGAUUCACAAGCACCAACCAUAGUUAUUACUCCUCACCUAUUUUGCAGCACACAGAGAGUUACUGGAUUUGCUCAUUGGAUACGUGGCGGUGAUUGCUUGCCUGCCGGGAUUUAUGGAUCGUGAUGGGUUGGAGAUUCAAGCUUCUUUCAAGAAGAAGACAGCGGUUUCAAGUAGCUGGCUUUUGAUGGACCACAGUGGGAGGAGUUCCGUACUGGAUGUCGACAAGUAUGCUAUUAUGCGACGAGUUCAGAUUCACGCUAGGGAUCUUCGAAUUCUGGAUCCUCUGCUUUCCUACCCUUCCACCAUUCUUGGCAGAGGAAAAGUUAUUGUUCUCAAUUUGGAGCACAUCAAAGCAAUAAUCACUGCAGAAGAGGUAUUGCUUAGAGAUCCAUUUGAUGACAACGUAAUUCCUGUAGUCGAGGAACUCCAAAGACGAUUGCCUUUAGCAAAUGCCAUUUGCCAUGGCCAAGCAGAAGAAGAAGAGCACCCGGGUGCUGAAAGCAGUGAAGAAAAUGAGUUUCCAUUUGAAUUCCAAGCCUUAGAAGUUGCAUUGGAAGCCAUUUGUAGUUUUCUUGAUGCACGCACAAGAGAACUAGAGAGUGAUGUUUAUCCAGCUUUGGAUGAGUUGACCUCCAAGAUUAGCAGUCUUAAUUUGGAUCGGGUGCGCAAACUGAAAAGUUCAAUGACAAGGUUGACAAAUCGGGUUCAAAAGGUAAGGGAUGAACUCGAACAACUUCUUGAUGAUGAUGAUGAUAUGGCAGACCUUUACUUAUCAAGAAAGUUAUCUGGGGCAGCUUCACCUGCCAGCGGCUCUGUUGCUCCCAAUUGGUUUCUUGACUCUCCUACUAUAGGCUCAAAGAUAUCCAAGACAAGUAGGGCAAGUGCUGAAACAACUCAAGGGGAGAAUGAUGUCGAGGAGCUUGAAAUGUUGCUUGAGGCAUACUUCAUGCAAAUUGAUAGCACAAUGAACAAAUUGACUACGCUGCGUGAAUACAUUGAUGACACGGAGGAUUACAUCAAUAUCCAGCUUGAUAAUCAUCGAAAUCAGCUGAUUCAGCUAGAACUGUUCCUAAGUUCUGGAACUGUUUGUUUGUCUGUGUAUUCUUUGGUGGCUGCAAUAUUUGGCAUGAACAUCCCAACUAUAUGGAAUGAUGGCCAUGGAUACGUAUUUAAAUGGGUGGUCAUCCUCACAGGAGUAGUUUGCGCAUCCCUCUUCUUAUUCAUAAUUUCAUAUGCUCGGCACAAAGGUCUUGUUGGUUAAUUCUUGAAAUUCAUUUAUCCAAGUUGAAAGGAUAUACACAAUAAAGCUUUGCAAUUUUACUUGCAAGUCUUCGGUGAAUUUGGAGGAGCAUGGUUUA